AUGCAGAGUCUCCGGCCUGAGCAGCUGCGGGGGUUGCUGGAACCCGAGAGAACCAAGACGCUGUUGCCUCGAGAAAGUCGAACCUGGGAGAAGCAGCCCCAUCCCACCUUCACCAGGGACUGGGAGGCUGUGGAUGUUGGGACCACCAGCUGUGACAGCGAUGAGAAAGAUCUGUCAUCUCAAGAGACAACACUUUCCCAGGAAUGGACUUCAAUGGAUGAGGAGGACGAAUCAGAAGACUCCCAGGGCUUCAUAGAGUGGUCAAAAGCUCCACAACAGACAACCAUAGUCUUAGUGGUGUGUGUGUUGUUUUUGUUCCUGGUUUUAACCGGGAUGCCUAUGAUGUUUCACGUUUAG